AUGGCGACAACUCCACCGCCAGCGUCUUACCUGCGAAUCCCUCCUACCCCUCGACACGGAAAUGGAUAUGAUCAAUAUGAACCCUACUCGACGCGUCACUCAGCCCGUUUAGCUAGCCAACGAGCUUCCACCGAAUCUCGCACAACUCCUCCGCCUCCCUUUCCAAUUUCCCAAGGCCGAGGAACUUCACGGAGCGCGAAGAAGCAAAAGACGGCUGAAUCGGAAUCCCUCUCACCACCUGGUUCGCCAAUGAGUCCUCGGAAGAAGAUGUCGGGCCGGAGUGUUGCAACACAACUCGAUGAUGAAGAUUCCUCCAUAAAUGCCGAACCCGCUCACUCUCAUGCCUCCCGCCUUUUUAGGACGACGAUGACCGAGGGCAUGCUUCCCACUCCGGCUAAAACGCCACGGAAAAAGCCUGUUGACAAUGCUGGCUCAACUGCACGGGCUCUCUUCCCUCAGCCUGCUCCGAAGAAAAAGAAGAAGCAGACCGGCUUUUCCUUGGACAGUUUCAGCGAUAAUCCCUCGCAGGGCGAUGCAAUUCAGAUCUACACAGAUUCCCGUGAUCGAAUUCCUGAAGUCGACGAAAGCGAAGAAAAUCCAUUUUACCAAAAACCAUCUACGACCACGAGACCUCGGCCGUCCAAAACCAGGACCAGAAGCCGCGACAAGGAAGUCGAUGAGGCUCUCAAGCGCGAGGAUGGUAUGGUUUAUGUUUUCCGAGGCAAGAAGAUGUUCCGCAAGUUCACCGAUGAUGUAUUUGGCAGUGAUGAUGAGGGCGACGAUAAUGACCUCGGGUUAUUGGCUGCUCGCCCAGACUUGCUGGACUCGGAGAUCAUAGAGAACAGCCGACCCCUUACACGGUCGUCGAUCAAGCCGCGUAUGCUAUUUCCUAGCGCUCGCGAUCGCCCAGCGCAAGAGCAUGGCAACACAGACGAGGAAGCCGCUACGGACAUUGAGGAUCAUGUUCUUGAUGAUGACGAUGCUGCCGAGGAUCUGGAUCUUACCGCCGAUGUUCAUUCGCACCAGCGCCCAGUUACUCCGCCUCCGAAGUCCGUUGCAACGCCUCCGUCUCCAGGUGCUUCGGCACGAUUCCUACGAUCACGACCCAAGCGAGAGCUUGAAACCGAACGAACCCCGUCCGCAUCGGAUGCCAAAAAGAAGCCCAGUCCAUUCGACGGCUGGCUUCGGAAGAAACAAACCCCUCCAGUUACAGCCUCGAAAGCCAAAAAGCGAGACGCAGAGACUGCAGGCAGUUCCGGCGGUCCAGCCUCCAAGAAGACCCGGGGUAAUCGAGCUACCGUUCCUUCAUCUUGA